AUGUCCUCUGAAUCCCGAUUAUAUACUUUUUCACCGGAGACGCGGGAGAAGCUUCGCAAGUUCCGCCUAGGAACAUCCAGAGCGAAGGAUGCGCAAGCGAUCAUCUAUAUAAUCGAUUCGAAAACGCAAGAGAUCCGCCCUGAAGAUGGCACUGUCUACUCGAAGCUUGAGGAUAUAGCUGACGAGCUUCCGGAGUCGUCUCCUCGGUUUGUUCUAUUAAGCUACCCUUUGACCCUGCCGUCCGGCCGCCUUACGGUCCCCUAUGUCCUUCUUUACUACCUCCCUGAGAACUGCAACCCGUCCAUGCGAAUGACGUACGCCGGUGCGGUCGAGUUGAUGCGAAACACAGCCGAGGUGAACAGGGUUAUCGAGGUGGAAAGUGAGGAGGAUGUGAUUUCCAUCGCGUCGAAACUUGGAGGGACCGAUUGA